AUGAGUGCCCAGUUCAGAACUCUAGAGCGUGAGCAGAGGUUCCAGAACCCCCCUAAAGAUAAAAGCGCCUAUCCGCUUUUGGCUGACGCCGUGGCACCCCAUGUGGGCUCCUUCAAUGCCUUAACUGAUGGCCCUGAUGGUGGACUUUUGAAUUUGGGAGUCAAAGAUAUUGGCACCAGAACUAUUUUCGAUUCGGCCGACCAGGACAGAUUGGGAAACAAGUUGAGCAUUCGUGUGGAUUCCGUGCAGUUGGCCAAGCCCAGUGUGCCUCCCACCGACAAACUCUCGGUGAACAGAAAAACCUAUCCAUCAGAGUGUAGAGAGAGAAUGUCCACGUAUAGAGGCAAGCUCAUGCUCAAAGUGGCAUGGAAGGUCAAUGAUGGUGAAGAGGUAUCUGAGGUCAGAGAUGCCGGCCAGGUGCCCAUCAUGUUGAAGAGUAACCGGUGUCAUUUAGAGAAGUUGUCUCCUAACGAGUUGGUGGACCAGAAGGAAGAGAGUGACGAGUUGGGUGGCUACUUCAUUGUCAACGGUAUCGAGAAGUUGAUCCGUAUGUUGAUUGUGCAGAGAAGAAAUCAUCCUAUGGCUUUGAUCCGUCCGUCUUUCGGAAACCGUGGUGCUUCUUACACUAAGUACGGUGUUCAGAUCCGUUGUGUCCGCCCAGACCAGACAUCGCAGACCAAUGUGUUGCACUACUUGAAGGAUGGUAAUGUCACCUUCCGUUUUUCGUGGCGUAAGAACGAGUACUUGGUGCCAGUCGUGAUGAUUUUAAAGGCAUUGAUUGAGACCAACGAUCGUGAGAUUUUCGAUGGUAUCGUUGGUUCUGACACCUCCAACUCGUUUUUGACCGACCGUUUGGAAUUACUCUUGCGUACAUACAAGCAGUACAACCUCCACCUGAAGAAGGAGACCUUGGCGUACUUGGGUGACAAGUUCCGUGUUGUUUUCGGUGCCGCUGCUGACGUCUCCGAUAUUGAUGUGGGCCGUGAAGUUUUGCAGCGUAUUGUGCUUGUUCACUUGCCAGAUAACACUGAUAAGUUCCGCAUGUUGUUGUUCAUGAUCAGAAAAUUGUAUUCGUUGGUCGCUGGUGACUGUGCUCCUGACAAUCCAGAUGCUACCCAGCACCAGGAGGUGUUGUUGGGAGGUUUCUUGUACGGUAUGAUCAUUAAGGAGAAGAUCGACGAGUACUUGCAGAAUAUCAAGUUGCAGAUUUCGUCGGAUAUCAACCGUGGCGUGAGAGUCAACUUUAACGACAGAAAAUACAUGUCCAGAGUUUUCAUGAGGGUCAAUGAGAACAUUGGUCAGAAAUUGCAGUACUUCUUAUCCACCGGUAACUUGGUGUCCCAGUCCGGUUUGGAUUUGCAGCAGGUCUCUGGUUACACUGUUGUUGCUGAGAAAAUUAACUUCUAUCGUUUCAUUUCACACUUUAGAAUGGUCCACAGAGGUUCUUUCUUCGCUGAGUUGAAAACCACUACAGUCAGAAAGUUGCUUCCAGAAUCCUGGGGCUUCUUGUGUCCAGUCCAUACUCCUGAUGGUUCUCCAUGUGGUUUGUUGAACCAUUUGGCUCACAAGUGUAAGAUUGCUACUACUGCCUCUGACGUUUCUCAAGUUCCUGCUGCUUUGGCUGCUUUGGGUGUCUCCCCUGCCCACACCUUCGCUGCUGGUCCUGGAUUGUGCUGUGUGCAAUUGGACGGUCGUAUUGUUGGUUGGACUUCUCACGAACAAGGUAAGAUUGUUGCCGAUGCAUUGAGACUCUGGAAAGUGGAGGGUGGCCAUGGCUUACCUUUGGACUUGGAAAUCGGUUACGUUCCUCCUUCCACCAAGGGUCAAUACCCAGGUUUGUACAUUUUUGGAGGUCACUCCAGAAUGAUGAGACCAACUAAGUACUUGCCUUUGGACAAGGAAGACAUUUUGGGUCCUUUCGAGCAGGUUUACAUGAAUAUCGCUGUUACUCCUGCUGAAAUCCAGCCUUCCGUCCACACACACGUCGAGUUCGCUCCUACGAAUAUCUUAUCGAUUUUGGCCAACUUGACUCCAUUCUCCGAUUUCAACCAGUCCCCAAGAAACAUGUACCAGUGUCAGAUGGGUAAGCAGACCAUGGGUACACCAGGUGUUGCAUUGGCUCACAGAUCCGACAACAAACUCUACAGAUUGCAAACAGGUCAGACUCCUAUUGUCAAGGCUAAUUUGUACGACGACUACGGAAUGGACAACUUCCCUAACGGUAUGAACGCUGUUGUCGCCGUCAUCUCAUACACGGGUUACGAUAUGGAUGAUGCCAUGAUUAUCAAUAAGUCCGCUGACGAGAGAGGUUUUGGUUACGGUACCGUUUACAAGGUGGAGAAAGUGGACCUUGCUCAGCUGAGAAGAAGAGGAGACCCUAUCACACAACAUUUCGGUUUUGGUGCUGAUGAAUACCCUGAGACUUGGAAGGAGAAGUUGGACGAGGACGGAUUGCCUCUUAUUGGUGUUAAGGUCGAAGAAGGUGACCCUAUCGUUGCAUACUUUGACGAAACUCUCGGAAAGACUAAGGUGAAGACCUAUCACUCCAGUGAGCCUGCUUACAUCGAAGAAGUUAAGCUUUUGGGUGACGACUCGGGCGAUUCCGAAUGCCAACAACUUACCAUCAAGUACAGAGUCACCAGAGCACCAUUGAUCGGUGAUAAGUUCUCUUCUCGUCACGGACAGAAGGGUGUUUGUUCGAGAAAGUGGCCAACUAUCGAUAUGCCAUUCUCUGAAUCGGGAAUGCAACCAGAUGUCAUCAUUAAUCCCCACGCUUUCCCAUCUCGUAUGACCAUUGGUAUGUUUGUUGAGUCGUUGGCUGGUAAGGCUGGUGCAUUGCACGGAAUUGCUCAAGAUUCCACUCCAUGGAAGUUCUCUGAGGACGAUACUCCAGCUGAUUUCUUCGGUGAACAAUUGAGAAAGGCUGGUUAUAACUAUCAUGGAAAUGAGCCAAUGUACUCUGGUGUCACCGGUGAAGAGCUCAGAGCCGACAUUUACAUUGGUGUUGUCUACUAUCAGAGAUUGAGACACAUGGUGAACGAUAAGUUCCAGGUCAGAAGCACUGGUCCGGUCAACUCGUUGACCAUGCAGCCUGUCAAGGGUCGUAAGAGACACGGAGGUAUUCGUGUGGGAGAGAUGGAGAGGGAUGCAUUGAUCGGUCAUGGUACUGCCUACUUACUUCAAGACAGAUUGUUGAACUCUUCUGACUAUGCCCAGACGCCUAUUUGUCGGUCGUGUGGAUCGUUGCUCAACACACAAAGAUCGGUGCCACGUAUUGGUUCCAUGUCUUCGAUUCGUUGUCGUGGAUGUGCCGACAAAUUGGAGAAAUUCAUUAAGAAGGGCAAGUAUGUCAAUGAGGCAGACAUUUGGGAAGACGGUCAUGGAGUUAAGUUUGUGGGAGGAGAUAACACUACCACUGUGGCCAUUCCAUUUGUCUUGAAGUACUUGGACUCGGAAUUGGCUGCCAUGGGUAUCAAGAUGCGCUACAACGUGGAGCCUCUUUAG